AAGUCGCUGAAAACAUAUCGAUGUGUGGCGUUCUUUACAACCCUGGCCGCAGUUUGGCUUGUGCAAAUUUUUACAAAAAAAAAGGCUUGAUUUAAAUUAAACUUGUGCAUUUGUUAAUUUCGGCGGCCACAAAUUGAAGCCAUGGAUGCCGCUCCAGUGGUAGCCCCACACGCUGCUAAUGAGACGAAGCCACCAACUCUGCCCCCGGCCCCGGCGGCCGCUGCGGCAAAUGAAAAUGGUGUACAAACAGCAGUAAAAAAAUCGGAAACAACGACACUCGCUGGGACUGGGUCUUCUGAAAUGCAUUCCAAUGUUGAGGCUGGAAAAGUGCCAGACUCGCUAAAUACGAAAUUAAAAACCGAUUUGCCCACUGAAAAGGUAUUAAUUACAAUAUGUAGCGCCGAUCGCAAGAAUAAAAAGACCUUCAUGUCCUUGCCCAGUCGAAAGGAUGUAAUUGAAAAAGCACACAAAUUUGGCCUAACUGGCAACACCAUAGUGCUGGAGAGCAAUGGCUGUGAGAUAUGCGAAGAUGAAGUACUCUUGUUUGCCGCCAAAGAGAAAAUAUUGCUUAUGCUGUUGGCCGAAAGUGACGAAUAUGUUAUUCUACCUCCACCAUCGCCACUGAAUCGUUCAGAACGCGCGGGCAGCUCGCUGGAUCCCAGCUUUGUAUCGAAUGCCAACGACUCUACAGUAUCCAAUGACGAAACUCUAUCACUGACGAGUGUGACACCUAGCAACUCAAAGACAUCGAAGGCACAAUUCAAGGAGUUCUCGAUACCUUGGUCCAAGGUACCGAACGAUAUUAUGAAGCUGUUACGCAGUAAAACCAGCCUGGGUAAGCGACUGAAUACGCUGGCCAAUCUACUAGUAGAUUCAUUACGCGAGCGUUCAGUUCACAUACCCUUACGUGUGUUUCGCGAGGUGGCUCAGCAGGCAGCCGAGAAGUAUCCCGAUUCGUUGCUAGAAAAGGAUCGCGAAGGACAACAGAUAGCAACAUCGCCGCAGUCUCUUAUCUCAAAGAUGAUUAAUCGUAAUAAUGCGCUGAAUCGUCCACAGAAGCGCGCAAGUUCCGGCAGCUCUGAAAUACACAUAACCAGCAGCAGCAAGAAGCGUAAGUCAGGCACCGGAGCAACUGGUGGAUUAGCGGCAAAUGGCAACUCCAAAACGAUGGCAAUCAAUCGCGACCUUGAGGAGAAGAAGGAGCUGCUGAUUUCCAGCUAUCGUGGCAGUACCAAAGUUGAGCCCGCUACCAUUGCCGAGUACAUGAAGGAAUGCUUUCCACUGCAGCGCGUAUUCUUCAACAACAGCGAGAAGAUACCGGAUAUAACGUCCAUAAAGGAGAACUGGCCGUAUAUAUUCAAUAAGGACUUGCUCUAUCAGCAUUUUGAGUUGCUCAUGUCAAUUGAUCCGCGCUUGUUGGCGAAACGCUUUACCAGCGAAAGGGAGCGCAUUUUUAAAUUCUUCAAAACGUCCAAAAAUAAGAAGGUUAGCGCUCUGGAGGAGAACAAUACAAAUGUAGUACGGGGCCUGGCAUACCAUUUCAAUGAGGACCCCGAUUACAUCUUCAAGCAAAUCGAUAACGGACCCUUGUCAAAAGAUGUGCUGCAACACAUGAAUCCAACCAAUGCACCCUGGGUGGCUCUAGUCAGUACGCCAGCAGCUGAAGCCCAGAGUGCCCAGACCGAGGCAAUGGUGUAUAUUGAGGGUCAAAUAAUGACCACAUUUGCAGCCGUGGAUGAUGAUUUGCCCGACAUCAUUGCCCAAUUGCUCUGCUACUAUUAUACCUUCAACAUGAUGUACCCCAAGGAAGCCAAUCAAACACUCGAAUUUAUUGUCAUUUAUUUUCUUCAACAUGCGCCAGAGCAGGCGCGCAAUUCCAAAAAGAGCGUCACAUCCAACAGUAAAUUCAAUCAGCUAAUUGCCAAACUGGCAAAUGCGAAUGGUUGAGCCUCAAAUGAAGCAGCCGAAUCAAUUGUCGUCUCAUACUGUUUAGUUUACAUAUUUAUUUUGCAAAUCCAUUCACAUAUUCUCCUAUUUCUAAGAUGAUUUACAUUAAAGUGUGUAGUACUUAUGUGUUGUGUAUACAUUUCUGAUUUUUCCC